GCAGCAGGUGGAAAGUGCAAAGUAAACAAAGUUGAGGAAGACGCGGAAGGUCGCUUCCGGGGAUGGGCAUCUUGCAUUGCAGAGCCCGGAUGCAAAGUCUCGAUGAGAUUUGUGAAGAAUAAGGACGAGAUCACUACAGCUUGGGAACAGUCGGGAGACCACCCCGAAACCGUGGAAGAGAGUGCGCAAGCUCGUGGCAAGGUUGCAGCAGCCAAGCGAGUAGCGCACUUGACCCCAGUGGCUGCGCAAGCGCAGCUGAUGAGUGAAGGGAUGGGUGGUGAAGAUCUACCAAGCAUGAAAGCACUCCACAAGGCACGCCGAGCACAUGUUGGCGGCAGCAGCAGCAAAGGUUCAAACCAGCGCAUGACAGGUGAAGACUGGUUGAAAAAGAUCCAAGCCGAAAUAGCAACGGAAAAGUUAGACAGGGACUGUGUUUGGCACCCCUUGGUCCGCACGGCAGGGUGGCUACCACUGGCCGCACUACACAAGGAGCCACCUCCCUGUGCAGAAGGGAGCGUGCUCCUCAUGUCACGCAACCAGCAGAAGUUGGCGGAGAAGCUGUUGGCAGAUGGCCACAACAACUCGAAGAAGGUGAAUGUCUUGAUCAACACUACUUGGAAAAUUGUCGUCGAAGGCUGGGGACUUUGUUCCAUUGGCAUUGGUCACAAGCACUACUAUCGAAACCUGCCGGCAUCGGAAUCCGUCGUCGUGGCCUGCGGCUGGAUUCCGAAGGAAGGCUAUCAAAGCUUUUGGGCCUUGCUGGUGACAUUCUUCACCAUUCUGGAAGAUGCAG